AUGCACGACUUUCCGGAUCUUCCUUUCGAUGCAGCAAUUGAGGCUAUCAAAGCCACAGUCCCUUCUCAUCUGCAAUCCCCCCGUGUAGGAAUCGUUUGUGGCUCCGGACUCAGCGGCCUCGUCGACUCGAUUCGUGACCUCCAUCUCGUCCCUUACAACACGAUCCCUGGUUUUGCAGAGAGCACAGUGCCUGGCCACAAAAGCUCUCUUGCUUUCGGACUUAUGGGUUCCGGGGAGGGUGUCCCUGUCGUCGCCAUGCUUGGUCGUUUCCAUCCCUAUGAAGGGCAUGAUCUCCGCGUUGUGGUCUACCCGAUUCGAGUCAUGGCCCGUCUCGGAAUCACCAACCUUAUCUUAACCAAUGCUGCCGGAGGUCUCAAUCCCAACUUGGCAGUUGGAACCAUCGUGGCACUACACGAUCAUCUGGCUCUCCCCAACAUGACUGGCAUGAAUGCUUUACUUGGCCCUCUUACUUCAUCGUCUCAUGCCCGCUUUGUCCCUCUUUCCGACGCUUACUCACCUGCUCUCCGACGUCUGCUGUUUCUUGGCGCCCACCAUCUUGGGUUAUCGGCUGACGAGGUGACUGAAGGCACUUAUGCGUGGGUUAGUGGGCCAACAUAUGAAUCCCCUGCAGAGGGUCGCUUCCUCCGGCUGGUUGGAGCAGACGUUGUGGGCAUGAGCACCGUUCCAGAAGUCCUUGCCGCCCGCCAAGAAGGAUUGAAUGUCAUGGCCCUGAGUCUGGUCACAAACGCAGUGGUCAUUCCUGAAACAUAUCGUGACAUUAGAGCAGAAGUAGCUACUGAACUGGCAGGGAAACCUGUUGAGCUCCCUCCAGCACAGGUAGUGUCCCAUGAGGAAGUUUUAGAAAUCGGCAAAGCGAAGGGUCAAGUUAUGAUGAAGCUCGUCGAAUAUGUUGUCAGCGCGCUUUCAUAG